UAGUACAGACGCCUGUGGUCAGCCGAGUGUAAUAGCCCUGGUCAUCAACAGGCUUUUUGGUUAUAGUGGUCAGUGGGUUUGGACGUUUGCCCAAUAAAGACGUGAGACUGAUCAGUACCACCUGUGGUUAAAGUCAACACCUGGUCAGCAGCAGAGGUCGAGCCCUCAACACUUACUUCCGACGUGGACAAUUUGAAAUCUUGUGUGGUCCUAAUAUAUAUUGUGGUCAGUAUGUUACUGUGCCUUCUUGCAAUGACAUAAAAGGAUUCGGACAAAUGUGCAACAGCAGAGGAAUGGUUAAACGGUCAAACCUGUACAUUGACCACUGGUCUAAUGUGACGUAAAUACCACACUGACCACUCCCACCUCAUCAGGGCGGGGCCAUGCCGCACGUAAGGAAACAGCGCGAGCGGAAUGCCCUCCUGGUGGGGCUCUGUAUUGAGGCUUGCUAUGACAACCCGUUGUUCCACGAGGAGGACACACGAUACCCACAGGACGACCUGGUACGUCAUGGUAUGGGAUCCACGGGCGGCAACGGCACCCCGGGGGAGAAGGGGUCACGCGCCAAGGACUACCACGUGACCACUGAACUACCUCCAUCCGACGUCCAAUUCAAAAAGUCGUACAACUUCCGACAGCGGUCAGUGGUUAAGAUUGUGGCUAUCGUUGUUUUAGUGAUAUUGGUGGCACUCAUUGUUGGACUACUGGUACAUUUCCUUGGUUCAAGAACGGGGGAAAAGGAAGAAGUACCUUACAAACCGCCUACUGUGCUCUUUCUGUCCACGACGUUAAGGGGAAGUUUGCGGGUAGUGGAGGGGCCAUUUUCUAUAUACAAACCUGACUAUAGUAACAAACAUUCGGAAGCGUAUGCUUUGUUUUCUGGCGCCUUUUUAUAUAAAAUGCAGUUAGUUUUUCAAAACAGUAGAUACAGCGUGCAGUAUAACCGUACGGAGAUCGACUCCAUCAUGUCUGGUAGUGUUAUUGUGACCUUCACCCUCCAUUUCUCACCGCCCAUCAGUGUGACGUCAGACUCGGAACCAUUCAUAUCAUCACUGCUCAAACGUCCUCUGGACGGCGACCUUUUCACUACCGAUAUCAACUCCGUCACAAUACAUGCUCAAGCUAUCGCCCCUACUACAACUCAAGCUCCACCCUCAGGCCAGUGUUCACCCAUAACCUUACCGGCGUGUCAGAACGCCACAACGUACCACCAGACCAUGUAUCCAAACCUCCUCGGUCAUAUGUCCGAACAACAGGCCAUGACUGCACUGUCAACAUACGGCGAUCUCUUCACAUUCCCCUGCUACGACUACGCCAGCGACUUCUGGUGUUCCGCGUGGGCCCCCGAGUGUGUUGGAGGCCGUACCAUACCGCCGUGUCGGGACUACUGUGAAGAUGUCCAGAAGAACUGUGAUGGACAUUAUCCCAGUAAUUUCUCUUGGCCCAUACAGUGUAGUUCUUUACCAGAUUCCAUGGAUCCAUCCGUGUGUCGACGUAACCCCUAUACACCCGGGAAGUGUAUCAAGGUAACAGAUCCAAUGUUAGAAGGCUGUGUUCAUCUCGGAUUCACGGAGACGGCAUUUCCAAACUAUGCCGGGAAUAUAGGCGAGACGUCUGCCGCCGACAUGCUUAUGUUACUGGGUACCAUUGAGUCUGCCACUAUGUGCAACAGGCAUGCCACCUACUUUGCAUGCGCAGCUUUUGUUCCAAAGUGUUCCGGAAGUGAUAUUCCUGGUCAGCAUACCAUUCCGCCUUGUAAAAGUCUGUGUGAAGGUGUCAAAUCCCGUUGUUCCAUAUUUAUGGAGAUCUUCCAUUCGCCAUGGCCAUCAACCUUGAACUGUUCCGCAUUUCCGGAUGUAAAUGAUACCUCUGUAUGUAUGGGGUACGCCCAGGCACACGAACCGCCCCUUAUAGAAGACUGCAAGGUAAAAGAAAUGCGGUGUGAUAAUAGCACGUGUAUUCCGCCCUCCUGGAUUUGUGAUGGAUUUCUCGACUGUGCCGACAAGGCGGACGAGAUGCAUUGUGCCUCCUGCUCACCUGACCAGUAUCAGUGCCGACCAGUAUCUGCCCUCUGUAUAGACAAGGCUGCCGUGUGUGACGGAAUCACAGACUGCUUCGAAGACGUAGAAGAAGCUGAUUGUGUAAAACUUGGCGAAGGAUCCUCCAGUGGGAUUGUUCACGUCCAUAACGUCGUGUCAGGAAUCUGGGAGGAGGUGUGUGCAGACGGUUGGAACAUCACACUUAGUCAACUUGUCUGUCAACAGCUUGGUUACCAGUACGCUGUGAGUUAUAUCAAUAAUGCUCAAACUCCGGGAGGAACGAAAGCCAUUCUCCACAAUUCACCACACAACUCCAGCGAUCAUACCGCUCUCCAGAGCUUUUUGACAAAGAGUUCUUCCUGCCCAAGUAACCAAGUCGUUAAUGUAAAGUGUGGUCCUCCAGUGUGUGGUACUCGACCUGCCAAUUAUAAAUCUGCUACACGGAUUGUGUCGGGGAAAGAAGUGGAGCCAGGAGCUUGGCCUUUCAUGGUCUCCCUACAUGGCGGGCCAGCCGAGCGGUUCUUCUGUGGUGGCACGCUACUCAGUGAGACGUGGGUUCUAACGGCUGGUCAUUGUCUCGGAGGGACAACUUCUCCCGGUGGCAUCACCUUAAAGAUCGGUGCCACGAGACGAGAUACAUACUCAGAAUUUAGACAAGUGCGAAAACCCAAAUCGCUGCACGUGCAUGAGGGAUAUAAUCCACAGACAGUUGAUAACGACAUAGCACUGAUAGAACUUUCUAAACCUGUCUACUUUAAUGACUACGUCCGACCAGUCUGUCUACCACAGUGGGAACACAGGACACCUAAGGGAACGCGUUGUUACGCUACCGGCUGGGGGAAGGCCAACGAGACGGCUCUGGAGUACCAACGAGCUAUACAGGAGGUAAAUCUGGACGUGGUGAGCUGGGAAAGUUGCCGCAAUUCUAUCGCAAAUUCCGAAAUUUACACCCCCUACAAACUUACGGCCAACAUGAUGUGCGCCGGGGGCGGGGUGGGGCAUGACGCAUGCUCCGGUGACAGCGGUGGUCCUCUUUUAUGUCCAGCUGACCCCAAACGGACGACAUGGUACGUGGCGGGUGUCGUGUCAUGGGGAGUAGGUUGUGCAGUGCCCAACAUCCCGGGGGUGUACACUAAUGUGCCUCUAUAUUUAGACUGGAUCAGGAACAUCACGCGCAACCAAUUGCAUAUAUGAACAACAUGUGACUUUUAUAUAGAUGUACAUGUAUAUCCAUUGUUACUCCGGAUUUAUAUACAUUUGUAUGUAUAAGAAGGCGAGAGACACUCUGUGGGAUGAAUCCACUGGUAUAGUAUCAGUGGUAGUUAUGAUAGCAAUAUCACACAACAUAUUAUAUUGUACAGUGUUGAAAAUAAUUGUAUGAAACAAUGUGCGCGACUCCUUGAUCUCAGUUCUGGACCAUUCCAGGAACUUCAUUUGUGAUGUUGACCAGUUUUCCAAGUUAAAACUGAAAUAAUGUUAUUUAGAGACUGAGCCUUGGACAAACUACAGACCAUUAACUCUUGUCUACAGGAAUGUGGUAAUACCCACCGUUAUUUAACAUACCAGACAUGCUUCCAUGGCUGGAGAAACCUCAUCGCACUGCCAAACCCCAAUUAUUCCUUUGAACCAGACAUACAUAAACAAAUUGGAUACAUGUCCGUGGAUCCUAUAGAUAAGAAAUAUAUUAACGUAGUCUGGUAGGAAACCGUAUCGGGAAAGUUGGACCCUGGUAUAAAGUAAUAAAGAACAACGCCUAGUAAUUGAAAAAUGGCAUUUCCCGGCUAUUACAUCACCAGAUACAUCAGCAGCAGCAGCAGCGGCAUCCCACUGUCUGUCUGUCCGUCCGUACUGAACUAUCCGAGAUUAGUAUUACCUUAUCGUUCGAGGUAUUGAUGCCUAAUGCAUCGUAAUCAUUACAUAUUACACAAUUCCGGUCUGAACUAAAAAUACCACAGAAAAGAUCAAAGGAGGGGAAGCAACCUUCGUAAGUGGAAGACAAUCAGUUUUCCGAAUUCUAUAAGUCCUGUGAUCAAUACUGUCAAACAUAGAAUGUCGUAUCGCAAGCUAUCACCUGUAGUUAGUCCCUCUUACUAGACAAAAUACAGUACUUGUGAUAUCACACAAAAAAACUGAGCAAAAAUAACUCAAUUCAUUAAAUGGAAUAUCGUAAAACAAAUACCUUUAUGCUAUAUAUGGCAAAGUAUAUGAUUAUAUUCUAUAUGUGUAUCAGUAUACCUAACGCUGUUUCUGUACAUCAGUAUACCUAAAGUUGUUUCUGUACAUCAGUAUACCUAAAGUUGUUUCUGUACAUCAGUAUACCUAACGCUGUUUCUGUACAUCAGUAUACCUAACGCUGUUUCUGUACAUCAGUAUACCUAACGCUGUUUCUGUACAUCAGUAUACCUAACGUUGUUUCUGUACAUCAGUAUACCUAACGCUGUUUCUGUACAUCAGUAUACCUAACGCUGUUUCUGUACAUCAGUAUACCUAACGCUGUUUCUGUACAUCAGUAUACCUAACGCUGUUUCUGUACAUCAGUAUACCUAACGCUGUUUCUGUACAUCAGUAUACCUAACGCUGUUUUUUGUACAUCAGUAUACCGAAAGUUGUUUCUGUAUAUCAGUAUACCUAACGCUGUUUCUGUACAUCAGUAUACCUAAAGUUGUUUCUGUACAUCAGUAUACCUAACGCUGUUUCUGUAUAUCAGUAUACCUAACGCUGUUUCUGUACAUCAGUAUACCUAAAGUUGUUUCUGUACAUCAGUAUACCUAAAGUUGUUUCUGUACAUCAGUAUACCUAAAGUUGUUUCUGUACAUCAGUAUACCUAAAGUUGUUUCUGUACAUCAGUAUACCUAACGCUGUUUCUGUACAUCAGUAUACCUAAAGUUGUUUCUGUAUAUCAGUAUACCUAAAGUUGUUUCUGUACAUCAGUAUACCUAACGCUGUUUCUGUAUAUCAGUAUACCUAAAGUUGUUUCUGUACAUCAGUAUACCUAACGCUGUUUCUGUACAUCAGUAUACCUAACGCUGUUUCUGUACAUCAGUAUACCUAACGCUGUUUCUGUAUAGCAGUAUACCUAAAGUUGUUUCUGUACAUCAGUAUACCUAACGCUGUUUCUGUAUAUCAGUAUACCUAACGCUGUUUCUGUACAUCAGUAUACCUAACGCUGUUUCUGUAUAUCAGUAUACCUAACGCUGUUUCUGUACAUCAGUAUACCUAACGCUGUUUCUGUAUAUCAGUAUACCUAACGCUGUUUCUGUACAUCAGUAUACCUAACGCUGUUUCUGUAUAUCAGUAUACCUAACGCUGUUUCUGUACAUCAGUAUACCUAACGCUUUUUCUGUAUAGCAGUAUACCUAACGCUGUUUCUGUACAUGAGUAUACCUAGCGCUGUUUCUGUAUAUGUGUGUAUCUGAUGUUUACAGUCAUGUGUCUUUAUCUGGUGUUUACAGUCACGUGUCUUUAUCUGGUGUUUACAGUCACGUGUCUUUAUCUGGUAUUUACAGUCACGUGUCUUUAUCUGGUAUUUACAGUCACGUGUCUUUAUCUGGUAUUUACAGUCACGUGUCUUUAUCUGGUGUUUACAGUCACGUGUCUUUAUCUGGUGUUUACAGUCACGUGUCUUUAUCUGGUAUUUACAGUCACGUGUGUAUAUCUGGUAUUUACAGUCACGUGUCUUUAUCUGGUGUUUACAGUCACGUGUGUAUAUCUGGUGUUUACAGUCACGUGUGUAUAUCUGGUGUUUACAGUCACGUGUCUUUAUCUGGUAUUUACAGUCACGUGUCUUUAUCUGGUGUUUACAGUCACGUGUCUUUAUCUGGUAUUUACAGUCACGUGUCUUUAUCUGGUAUUUACAGUCACGUGUCUUUAUCUGGUAUUUACAGUCACGUGUCUUUAUCUGGUGUUUACAGUCACGUGUCUUUAUCUGGUAUUUACAGUCACGUGUGUAUAUCUGGUAUUUACAGUCACGUGUCUUUAUCUGGUAUUUACAGUCACGUGUCUUUAUCUGGUGUUUACAGUCACGUGUCUUUAUCUGGUAUUUACAGUCACGUGUCUUUAUCUAGUGUUUACAGUCACGUGUCUUUAUCUGGUAUUUACAGUCACGUGUCUUUAUCUGGUAUUUACAGUCACGUGUCUUUAUCUGGUAUUUACAGUCACGUGUCUUUAUCUGAUGUUUACAGUCACGUAUCUUUAUCUGGUGUUUACAGUCACGUGUCUUUAUCUGGUGUUUACAGUCACGUGUGCGUAUCUUGAGUUUACGAUCACGUGUCUUUAUCUAGAUAAAGGUGAUUACGUAUUCGUCCCUUUUAUCCUGUAAUUACGCCAUCGUAUUAAAUUGUACACUCUGACACACUUAGCGUUUCGUUAUUUAAUUAGAAUUUGCAACAAUAUGUUUAUUGUCCUAUGCCACCGUUUUUGUCUACAGUAACUACCAUUUCAUUGUUUCGAAAUCAUCAAAUACCUGUGAUUGUAACCGAACUAGCAGUAUUUGUAUUGUGUCUGAACUUUGUGUAGAACGGGUUAUAUAUUAAUAACUAUAUCGAAAUUAGUAAUCAAUCACAUUACUUGAUGUAAGUACAGUGAACUACAUUAGUAAACAUUUGUGAGGAUAAGGAAUGAUUUGAAUGUGUCUGUACUAUAUGCUAUAUGUAUAUAUAUGCUAAUAAUGAACAAGGAACAUUUUUAUCCAAUAAAAUAUUGUACUUAUA